AUGGUGGCUUCCGAUGACGAGGACCACGUGGUCCAUCUGACGUCGUCGGUGCAGUCAAAGCAAGACUCACAGGCGUCAACGGCUUUUCCUUCCUCGCAGUCCUCGACCGCUUUCAACGCGAACGACUACUAUUACUCCCCUGACUAUAAAGUAGGACCGAAUGGAGAAGUCGUACCCCCGCCGCACAGUGAUGGGCGCUCAGAGCGGUCAACAGGACGUCGAGGCGAAGCGGGUCUCAGCACAGGGAGAAGUGCAAGGCCGCUCGUGCGGGAUGGUGAGUCAGCCAGUGACGCAGAUAACGUCGACGAUCCUGGGGGAUCAGGGAAAAGGAGCAAGUUGGGGAAGGACUACCUGUGGUACGACCCCAUAGCGCAAGCAAAAAGACUUCACAGCUGGAUGUCGGUUCUCAUCGACGCAUAUGGAUGGAAACUCAUAGCAAUGCUCGUUCUAACGCAACACAUCGUCAAGGGAUUCGUUUUUUCCUACCUCGCGACCUCCCUAGACUUCGUGCUCAAAUUUUAUCAGGUAACAUAUUUAUAAGAUAUUACGACUACUAAAAGAUGAAGUUGUCUCAUCUUUGUGAUGCGUGUUGUUACUCUAGCUUUUCUUAUAACUACAAGCUGAUAAAGCCGACGUGGGGAAAGCAAAUGCUUAGUGUCGAUAAAUUCAAGACAUGGUAGGUUGUAGAACAUAUUUUUGAUAGUUCAAGAAGAAAAAGGCGUUUUGUGAAUUUCAGUUAUCCCACUUGUAUUCACAAUAUUACUUCUGCUUUAGAAGAAUUGUAUGACAUGUUGACAUCUCCUCCUCCCAGGUUCCCGGUCCGAGAAUACAGAUUUACAAGGCAGUUGUAAUGGCACCUUGGGGUUUGAAGCCAUUAUUUGGUGUCAUCUCAGAUAAAUUCCCUCUUUUUGGAUACCACAAGAACUCAUAUAUGGCCAUAGUAACGGUUUUAGCCGUAGCAGCGACGGGAUACGUCGGCGUACAGGGAUUGUACCACUACUCAAUUAAUGAGCCCCAGAGCAAGUCGACGCUCAAAGAUGCUUUACCGCUGAACGCCUUUAUCGUUUGCCAGUUUCUGGCGUAUAUGCAGGUACUACUUACAAGAAGGUUCUUUAGUUGUGAUGUGCAUAGCUAGUAAGGCUGUUGAACCUAAUCAAUUUUCUUUGUCGUCAGAGAGUCGACUUGAACUACGAUGAUGCAGAAAUAUUUGGCUCUGUUUUUACAUCUUUGAUUGUAAAAAACCUUUAGAUUUCUGUUUGCGAUCUCUUGUCCGAGGCGAGGUAUGCAGGGGCGAUGAGGGAGUCCCCAGAACACGGACCAGAUUUGAUGACCUUUGUCUGGGCUGGAAUAAGCGUCGGGGCUUUUAUUGGGACGCUAACAAUAGGUAGUGGAUCAAGGAGACCGUGAUUAUGCUAUAAACAUUGGAUCUGAAUAAAAUAGAUGUAUUUUUAUUCCUUUUAUUACCACCAACGGCGCUCGAGAUCUUCAUAGCGCCAAUCAAUGUCUGGUAGUUCUGCCUAGACGGAAUAGUAUUGAAUUCUCAAUAAAUAUAUCAGGUUACGUCCUCGAAUCAUUUGGACCCUUUUUUCCGUCUCUGAUUGCGUCUGGGGUCUCGUCUUUUGUCCUGUAUGGAAUUUUUCAGAAUUGGUUGCAGGAGAGGAACGUUAAUAGCACUGAAGACCAAGAAGAACAUCUGCGAGCUGUUGAUUCGCCUACAGAACAAGAACCAAAGAGUUUAGAAGAGGGUCGCGGAGGUGGCCCAGCGCACACAGAGCAACAAGGGAAGCAAGAAGGGAGAGGACCAGCACCUACAGGAGGAGACGGAGAAAACAGGACUAGAAGACGUGGCCCGCGCGUUGAUUCAGUGCAAAGGGUGCCACCAGAACUCGUGGGUCUAGCGUUUUUCAUGGGUGGUUGUGCAAUAUUCAUGGUCGCAGCAGGGAUGCAACAAAGAGUUUCCGUCGCGUGGAAUUGCCUCUUCGCAGCAGUGCUUUCAGUCGCGGUAAGAGAUAGCUCUUGUCUUUUAACUGCCGGACUAGUUUCUAUGGAGACGAAAAUGCUAGAUGCGAAUCAUGUUGAUCUCGGAGUGAAGAAAUACUUAGUUGACUUAUAAGUGUUCUUUUAAAUCUGCACGAUUAUCCAUGAUGAACGGUUCAAAUCGACUCUAUUAAAAAGGAGCAAUAUCAGGUUUUCUCCCUCUCGAAUACACCAGGUUUUGAUCGUUUUUCAAGCCUUUACCAGUCCGGCAAUCGCGAACAUGAACUUUUUUUUCUUCGUGCAGACCGCGAUGACAAUGUCAAUCGAAGGCGCAUCCUUCUACUUCUUCACGGACACGGUGGAGGAGUACCCCGACGGUCCGCAUUUCAGCAUCUGGUUUUACACGACUGGAAUUGGAAUGAUCGCCGCGAUAUUCAACUUAGUCGGUAUGGCGAUGUACCAGCAGUACUUCAAACACUGGCGCUAUCAUCGUCUCUUCCUCAUCGCAAAUCUUGUGCAGUGCGGCUUUUCAUUAUUGGGCAUUCUCGUGUACACACGAUUUUCGAAGCAAGUCCUGGGUAUUCCUGACCAAGUGUUUAUUCUUGGCGGCAGCGUCAUUCUUAGCAUUGUCCACCAGUGGAUGUGGAUACCUGGAGUGGUUCUGCUAGCGCAGCUCUGUCCCAGGGGCGUGGAAGCGACCAUGUAUGCUCUAUUAGCGGGCUGUCACAACAUCGGCAACGGCGUCGGACAGGUAGUCGGUGCUUUCGUCCUGCAGUCUCUCGGUGUGCAGCCAGACGGCACGAAGAAAGACGCAACCCAGUUUUCCAACCUCUGGAUUGUUAUGCCCCAAACACUACUCCGUCGAAUACUGAUUUGACUCUCGUUAACCUACUUCCUAAGCAUCCUCUUGAAGAACACACAGCUCUUUCUAAAUGGCUAAUCUAUGAUUAAUGAGCAAUUCCCGAGGAAGAUAUCUAAGUAUAUUGAUACAAGUGCGACUAGUUGUACCACUACUUCACGUUGUUCUAAGCUAUCGUCGGUGCUCGGAACGGUGCUGCCCAUGUUGACGCUUUUAAUCAUGCCCUGGAUGAUUCCGAAUGCGACGCAGACAGAAGUCUUAUUAGAAGAGGAUGCUGACGGCGUUGAGGGAUCCUGGUAUCGCAACUGGAUUGGUUCGCGUUACGGAGGUGGACUUAGCAAGGCUGGCACUACAACUGGGCUCUCAGGAAAGAGCCCUGCCGCGUCGAGCAUCGCUGACGGGGAAGAGACGGGAUUGGUGCAGCGAAGGCACGCAGAGCAGGCAGAAGAGCUGGUCAGCGAAUAGAAGGCAGUGUCAUGCCUUUUCGCGAUGCUCAAGAAUUAAUCGUGACUUCUUCUAAGCGCUGGGAUUCUUGGUCUGCAUUCCCACGAACAUGAACUUCAUUUUUCAUCAGCACUUUUUUAUUCGUUUCGGAAUAUGUUCAUCGGCCAUGGAAAUUGAUGCUUGCUUGUGGCCCGCCGCAGAUGAAAUUAAUGCUACCGUAAUGGGGUGCGCUUCUAAGUGCUAAGCUACUUAAACGGGUUUGCAGAAUAGUUAGUUGCCCUCAAGUGCUGACCCAGGAAAGGGUCUUGGGAAGUCUAUAUUAGUCUAUAUUUUGCGGCCAGAGCACCUACAUCAAAUAACCGUGACUUCAUCCUCACUAGGUUCGAAAUGUAUGUGACCUCUCUACCGUGGGCGGUCGAUAAGUUGUACUCAACAUUUCUAUUCGUCGAACUUAAGUUUUUAUCUAAGAAAUUUGCAGAACUCAGAAAAAGUCCUUAAUUCGGCCUACUACUCUUUCGAAGAAUUAUAGGCAAGGAUCAUCACUCUUGAUAUCUUUAGGCGUAGUAAGUUGGUAGCUGUAUUGCUAUUUUUGCGACGUUCUCAUUAGUCCUUUGUAUUUUGGCUUUUUGGGCAUACGGACAACAUGUGUCAUUGAAUCCUUCAACUCCUCGUGAUAGAUUGUGGUAGUACCAUUUCUCAAAGAUAUGUUUUGUUGCCGACAGAAAAAGAGCGUACUCUAGGAUCCUAC